GGGAGAAUAAUGGAAUUUCAGAGGUCAAGAAUCGAGAUUCCCCUCGUAUGGUACUCAAAACAAGCUUCGGAAUACCCAUGCACGACAGGCAGCUGCUGUAGAUAUGAAGACCAGCUAUUUCCUUAUCACCAUUCAUCGGCAGCGAUGCGCGGCUUGCAGAUCACGACAGAGAAGGGUACUAAAGCAGAGGAUCGCGGAUAGUCCGAGUAUUAUUAUCGGAGUAAGUUGCAUUGCACUCGUCGAGCAGAAAACCACAUAGCCAGUACAAGUAGAGCCUCGCGAGAGCGGUGGGCAGACUUGGAGACCCUCGGGUGAGACCCGCAGUUGUCGUCUCGCG